CGUUGUCCUCUGUCUCUCUCUGUAAUUCUCCGCAAUUAUUUAUUGCCCCUGCACUCUCGACACCUUUUCGUUCUACCGAGAGAAGGGCUUCGACGCUGAUAUUGAAGAAGCCAUGGAUGUUGAAGCUAGGAGAAUGGAGGAAGGGCGCCGGAAUUCAGAUCGGAACCAUGAUUUGAAGGACUCCAUUGAAGAUGAGCUUGAGCAUCAGAAAGAAACAAGAGCACCACUGGUGGAGAGUGACACCGUUCAGCAAAUAGAGCAGGAGCAGCCGCUUGCGAAGCAGAAACCCAAGAGGAUUGCAACCUUGGACGCAUUUAGAGGCCUCACCGUAGUGUUGAUGAUACUGGUGGACGAUGCUGGUGGAGCUUAUCCUCGAAUCGAUCACUCCCCAUGGAAUGGGUGUACAUUGGCUGAUUUUGUCAUGCCUUUCUUUCUUUUCAUUGUUGGGGUUGCCAUAGCCCUUGCUCUCAAGAGAGUUCCCAAGAUGAGGGAUGCCGUAAAGAAGAUAAUACUUAGGACCUUGAAGCUUCUAUUUUGGGGUAUUCUUCUGCAAGGUGGAUACUCUCAUGCUCCCGAUGAUCUCUCCUACGGAGUCGACAUGAAAUUCAUCCGGUGGUGCGGCAUUCUCCAGAGAAUAGCUCUCGUAUACUGUGUCGUGGCCCUGAUAGAGACAUUCACCACCAAGCUUAGGCCAACCACCUUGAGCCCGGGACACCUCUCCAUUUUUACCGCCUAUCGAUGGCAAUGGAUUGGGGGCUUUGUGGCAUUCACCAUUUACAUGGUUACAACCUUCGCUCUCUAUGUUCCAGAUUGGAGUUUCGUCGAUCAUAGUCAAGACGAACCCAAGAAAUAUACGGUGAUUUGCGGGAUGAGAGGACACUUGGGGCCUGCAUGCAACGCCGUGGGAUACGUGGAUCGACAAGUUUGGGGGGUUAACCAUCUCUAUUCUCAGCCUGUUUGGACUCGGUUGAAGGCGUGCACAUUGAGCUCUCCUGCUCAAGGUCCUCUUCGUAAAGAUGCUCCGGCUUGGUGUCAUGCUCCCUUUGAACCCGAAGGAUUGUUGAGUUCUAUAUCAGCUAUCCUCUCUGGUGCCAUCGGGAUCCAUUAUGGGCACGUCUUGAUCCACUUUAAGCGUCAUUCGGAGAGGCUCAAGCAAUGGGUCUCCUUGGCAAUCGUGUUACUGGUGGUUGCCAUAAUACUUCAUUUCACAGAUGCUAUCCCACUGAACAAGCAACUCUACAGCUUCAGCUACGUUUGCUUCACAGCUGGGGCAGCUGGAAUUGUCUUCUCUGGCUUUUACCUGCUGAUCGAUGUGUGGGGAUUUCGGACACCAUUCUUGUUCUUGGAAUGGAUAGGAAUGAACGCAAUGCUAGUAUAUGUGAUGGCAGCUCAGGGAAUCUUCGCCGCAUUUGUGAAUGGGUGGUAUUAUACAGAUCCAAAACACUCGCUGGUACACUGGAUUCAAAAGCACGUAUUCGUGGAUGUGUGGCGCUCAGAGAGGGUGGGAACCCUCUUGUAUGUCAUAUUUGCAGAGAUCACUUUCUGGGCUGUGGUCGCUGGAAUCUGCCACAGAUUAGGAAUCUAUUGGAAGCUGUAAGUCUAACACAGGAUAGAAUGCCUAGAACGUCUUCGAUUUGUCCCAGGGAAAUUUGUCCUUGCUUGUUAUUGUACCAUAUUUCCAUGUUAUUCUAGCUUGGAGUUUCUGUCUCCAUAUCAUGUAAAUGUUUCCUUAUGUUAUAAUAUGAAAGAAAGCGAAUCUAGAUGGAUCCCUGAAGUA